UCCAGCCGCAGCCCCAGAGAAUGAAUGAAAUUGAAAUAGCUGCUACAUUACAUGUACAAUACCGGGCUCUGCGGUGUUGCAUUCUAUCAUACUAUACCAAAAUGGCCACAGCGGUGCAGAACCCCCUCAAAUCGCAAUCUGGAGGUGCAGUCAUCAAAAACAGUCUCGGAGAGGAGUUUUAUAAGGAGGCCAUUGAACACUGUCGCAGCUACAAUGCCCGCCUGUGUGCGGAGCGCUCCAUGCGGCUCCCCUUCCUGGACUCACAGACCGGCGUGGCCCAGAGCAACUGCUAUAUCUGGAUGGAGAAGAAUCACCGUGGACCAGGUCAUGCUCCUGGUCAGCUGUACACGUAUCCUGCUCGCUGCUGGCGCAAGAAGAGACGGCUAAACAUCUUGGAGGACCCACGGCUUCUACCUAUCGAAUUCAAAAUUGACUAUGAGACCUCUCUAAAGAAGGAGGGGGGCAUCCCAGACGGCCCCGUCCUGGAGUCGCUGCUUGCUGGGGAGACGCUGGACAAGAAGGUGGAGACCAAGGAAGAGGAGCCAAUGAGUGAAUGUCAGAAGCUGCUUGUUGGGGAUUUUCCUCAUGAGCUAGAGGUGGACGACAUGGAGGAAGAUGUACCGAAGCGCAAGAACCGUACCAAAGCACGGGCCUAUGGUGUUGGAGGAAUGAGGAAAAGACAAGAGCUGCCUGCCAUUGAAGACAGAGAUAAGCCUUACGUCUGUGACAUCUGUGGCAAGCGAUAUAAGAACCGUCCUGGGCUGAGCUACCAUUACACUCACACACACCUGGCAGAUGAGGAGGGUGAAGAGGACUCGGAGCGACACACACUUCCCUUUCAACGCAAGAGCAACCACAAGCCUAAGAAAGCACCGGACGGCUCAGUGAUUGCCAAUGGCUACUGCGACUUUUGCCUUGGAGGCUCAAAGAAGACGGGCUGUCCCGAAGACCUUAUCUCCUGUGCGGACUGUGGACGCUCAGGCCACCCGUCCUGUCUGCAGUUCACAGUGAAUAUGACGGCUGCGGUGAGGACUUAUCGCUGGCAGUGCAUCGAGUGCAAGUCCUGCAGCCUGUGUGGCACCUCUGAGAAUGACGACCAGCUGUUGUUCUGUGACGAUUGCGACAGAGGCUACCACAUGUACUGUCUGAGUCCUCCCAUGUCUGAACCACCAGAGGGGAGCUGGAGCUGUCAUCUGUGUUUGAGACAACUGAAGGAGAAGGCCUCGGCCUACAUCACCCUGACUUAAUCUGCAGAGCACGUCCUCACGGCCCCUCGCCCUCUCCCAAACCACCUCUCUGUCGCUCCUCCCGUGUUCUUCAGCAUCUCCACCUCUCCCGUUUUACUGAUCUACUCAUCGGCACAGUUUUCACAAUCUGUCCCUGCGACCUUUGGAGCACGCAGAUUACCCACAGUGCUAUGCCUGCUCCCGAGCAUCUCUCCAGCGGCGAGCCACACUCCGUCCUCUUUUGCCCCCUGAAAUUCCCUUUUGUGCUUGACCCGAACUCCAGCCUCCCUCUCCUCCGUCUCAGCAGAGGAAUUCAUCAGCCGGCAAUAAGUUUGUCAGCAAGACACACACUUCAGCCCGCCAAGGGCACUUCUGAGACAUACUACUCCACAGGAACCCUCAUAAGGGCCCUCGGAUGUGCCCUAAUGAUCUUCAGCUGUGACUCUCUCAUGUAGUGAGUAAAAAUUAAUAAAACGGUGACAUGUUUGAGAGAGGACGAAGCUGUGGAGAACCAUGGAGCAGUGCAUCUCAGUGUUUUUCCAACUGUGAAAUGUACAUUCAACCAAAAUUUUAUUUUCUUCUCUCUGUCCUCCUUUGUGUACGGCAGAGCUGCAGAGACACUGAACUCUCCUCUGGUAUUUGUCUGGAUGUCUUUUUCAACCAGGGAGUAAAUUGUACAGAAUUUAAUCUGAUUUGAUUUUUGAACCACACUCUCAUGAAAAGACUCAACUCAGUGGUAAAUAAGAGGCAUCCGGUCAGGAACUCAGACCACCUUUGACCUCACCCUUUCUUCUCUCUGUGCAUGGGGUUCCCACAACUUAAUGGUGCAUUUUAGAAAUUGACACUGAAGGUUUUUAGUGCAUGGUUUUGGCUCCUGGAUAAAUGGAGAGAAGGAUUUUUUCUCCUCCAUUCAAAUCAAACUGUGUAUUUGAAAAAAUAACAGUUUCGGCUUAGCAUCUCUCGCAAGCCCUUACCUGACCUGCAUAUAACCUUUCCACCCACGAAACCAUGACUGUGAAGCCAGUGCAAGACUGUAACACUUCUGGUGAUUGGUGUGUUGUCUAUGAUCUCAGAAUGUAGGACUGGUGUGUGGAAAUAUGCAGCUCUCAUGCCGAGGCCUGAAAACACAUUUUCUAUGAUUCCUUUUAUUUAUUUGUGUUCAUUUGCAUGUUAUUAAUUUUAUUCUUUAAAAAGAACUUUUAAUUGAAAUGGAAAGGAAAGCACACUUAAUUCGCAAUAAUGUGUUUGUGAUACAAACUCUUUAGCCGCCCAUUGUAACUUUGAAGUUCUGUUUGUGCCUGUGUCUUAGUGGAUUUCUUUGAACGGUGCAGCCAGUGACUGUGGCCAGUCAAAUACCAGUUAGAUCUAUGAAGAGGUCAAAGACCAAGUGAUCUGAAUGUAGAACGGAAGAUUUAACAACAUAGGCAGACUGAUUGAGAUACAAGUCCCGCUGUAAGUUUGAAGUACAGAGUAAAGUUUAAAAGUGUUAAAGGGACAAGUUCAAAGUUCACAUUUCAUUGUGCAACAUUUCACAGUGUUACACAAGUGGACAUCGUCUGGCACACAAUACACUGUAUAUAAAAACAAAUUCCUGCUCACUUUCAUAUUUUUCCCUUUAAAGCUUUAUAGCUGUAAAACAGCCUAAUAGCUUAUUCAAGACAAGCUAUGUUCUGAAACUGCAUACCUUGGGUAGAAAUCUAUCCCAGUCAUGAACCUUGGUAAGAAACUUUUGACAUUACCCUGAGCGUUAGGUUUGGAGCGCAGUAAAGGGAAGAUGUCAAACAUUUUGAAAUUAUUGGCUAUUCACACCAUUCCACUCAUCACAGAUUAAAUUGCUAAAUACUAAAAUUUUUCUGCAAACUUUAAUGACUUCCCUCAUGUUUUGAGACAGAUUUGGGACACUAAAUCCUCCAGUCAAGGUAUAUUUCAUAUCAUAACUGCAUAUUGUCAGCAUGUAGCUGUGUUUACAGCCCUCUUUUGGGUGACGUUGCACUAGCUUUUUUGUUUUUAACAUCAGCUGUUGUUAUAUGUUUCUUCUGAAUUUAGAGUGAUUUUUAAUUUGUUUUAAAGUGUGACUGCAUCAAAAGUUUUACGACAUGUGUAGAUCCUUUUUAUUUCUAGUCUUUAACAAAUGCAGUGACUAAAGAAAAUCUGCAUUUGACAAAGAUUGCACAGUUAUAUCUUUCCACACAGUUUGACGUUUACUAAAUUGAGACAAACUGAUUUUUGAUCCUUGUUGUUUUAUUGUUAUUGUUGUAUUAAUUUUUGUUGAUAUCAGUUUUAGCAGACUGAUUUUCUUUUUAAAUAAGUUCUUUGUGUUUUUUCUGAGCUUCUGUCUGAGUGACAACUCCCACAUGAAGAGUGUUUUUGUUGGGGUGACUUAGGGUUUGGACAAGGUGCAUUCACUGAAUAGGAACAAAAGUUUUUUUGAGACUCCAAGAAUCUGAGCACUGGUCAGGGCCUGUAAAGCUUGAAAUGAACAGAUUGUGGUCACCAGACAGUUAAUGGAGUGAAUUUAUAUCAUCAUUUUUUAUUUAUUAUAUUUUCUAUAUUUUUGUUUUCUAGCCAAACUCACCACGCAUAGCGUUCACAUUAGCACCACACUCACUAACACACAACUUUAUGCACCAACACACAUAUUACUUGGCAACUUGGGGUUAAGUGCCUUCCAGGAGGAAGCUGGAAUCAAAAACGUUCAGAUUGCAACUAACUACUCUUCCUACUGAGCCACAGUCACCCACACAAUCAUCAUCAUUUCGGUCUUAUCAUUUCAAGUAAAAGGGUGGAGAUGUCAUUGGUUAUAGGACAUCAGGGUUGUCACAGUCAACUUAAAAUCAUCUACAACUUCUGAUUUCUGGAAACGUUCACUGUUUUUUUGCUAAUAUGUUACACUUAGACUGUAAAACUGUGAAUUUAAUGCUUCGUUAUUCUGAUUUCACUGUUUUUGUUCCAUUCAGGAUCUGCCUACCCCGGUGCAGGGAAUAGUCCUGACAAUGUAUUUGUCAUAGUAACAGCACUUAUUCAAUUCAGUUCAGUUCAAUCCAGUAAUAGACUAUUGAGCUUAAAGGGUAAUUAAAGAACACUACAAUGGCUGCAGUGCACUUCUUCAAAUGAUUAUUUUUUUCUGUAUAAAGCAGCAACACUGACAGUAGCCUGUAGAGGAUUAGCGAGACUCGCAGCAUCAGUGAGUCUAAUUCACCUAAACAAUUGAAACUUACUUGACAAACAGUCUGGGGGACGUUAAGGAUUCUUGGUAGUUAGAUUCUGAAGUAUGAAGGUUUAAGAUAACAUAAUGGAAACAAACUUGUAAGUCUCUUACAUCUUUAUUUACCUAUUAAAGAAGUGAAUACUUCUAUCUUUUUCCCAUCAUAUAUACAGUAGCUUAGCCAUAUUUUCAAGAUGUAUUCUUUAACUUAAACCAAUCAGGAGCAGAACAAAACAGUUUUACAUGACACAUGGUUAACACUUGGUGCACCUACAUUUUUGAAUCUUUCAGUUACCAUUAAGGUGACCUUUGCUCAUUUUUGUACCAUGAUUUUUUAACUGUUUUAGCUGCACUGCUCUUUUGAGCCUGCAAAUCUUGUCCUGCACCUCUUAGAAGACUCCAUAGUGCGUUUUGAGGCAUGUUUUGUAUCACUAUGUUGCUUUAAAUACUUUUUUCCCCCACUGUACUGGAAGAACAAUUCUUGACCAUCUGUUGGCUGUGGCUUUACGGCUUGUUUUUCAGAGCUGUUAAGUACCAGUUUAAUGGUUAGGUCAAAACGGCCGGGCCUUUUUUGAACGACUGAUCCAUCUUUCCAUGUAGAUUAAGUGAAAGAAGUAGAAAGUUAUUACAAGUAAUUACGAAUGCAAUUUAAGCAAGCCCUUGAUGUAAACAUGCAUAUGAAUUAACGCAGUAUGGCUGUGGUGUUACGUAGCUGGUCAUGGUCAUCUGCUGGAAUGUUGGAGAGAACACAUUCAUAUAGUUCUUCAUUCACUGAAGGAGUAAAUUAAUGUUCAAAAAUGUACCGAAGCAAUUGGUGGCAAAUGAAAGUUAUUACAUCACUUUCAACUUUAAGAUAGCUAAGAAGAUAUCAAAAGUUUUGACUUUUUCACUACAAAUUGGUAGUGAAAAAAUUCUAAAGCCAGUCAGAAUUCUCUGAAGUGCAGUAUUUAUAUGUAUUUUACUACAGUUUCUAAGAAAGAUUUUUCAGUGAAUCUACUCAGUUAUCUAAUAGACCAAAGGUGUUAUUCAAGAUUAUGUCAAUUAGACAGAUUCAGAUUCCCUCACCUUUAAUCUCUUGUCACAUUUUCCUGUCUUACCACAAAUCUUGGUAUAUUAGAAUAAAGGGCCUAAAUGUGAAAAAAAUAAGGGAGUUUGUGAAAAAUGUAAUAAUUUUCAUGAAUUGAAGUACAAGUUGCACUUCUGAUGGACGCUUGUUCUCAGUAGUGGAUGGAAAUUCAAAAAGUGUGAAGUUCACAGUUUCCACUGUGACAUGACAGGGCACAUUUUGCCAUAAUGUCACCAUUUUAUUAUUUGUUUCUUAUAUUUAAGGAUCAACUGACUAAAUGAGAAGCAAAUCUCAAUGUUUUAUGAGUAUCACCGAGUGGUCAGAUAAUUAUUAGCCAAAUCAGUCAGAGCAUAGGUCAAGCUAUGAGUUUCACUUUCAGUUUCAAGCCUUCAACAUGCCAUGGUGAGUGAAUCUUCAUCAGUACAGUUUGGAUAUCAUACUUAUUGCAAGUAAGGAAUGUCCUAAAAAUCGAUGGCUUUCUGGCUUAUGUGGUGAUCAAAUUAUGCGUGCUGCCAAAGGUGUAGUGAGACCAGGAUGGUGUGUUAUUUUUAUAAGGCAUUGUGCUAUUAAAAGUAAAUAACAGAUCCAGAGUAGUUUGGCCUGGGUUUAACAUUCACAUACAUUGCUAUACAUGUUAACAUAAAUUAACAUGUUGUGUUCUAUUUUGUUUUUGGUUUAGAAAGCCAUAUUUACUAGAACUUCAUAAAUAGAAAACCAUGCAACUAGAGUAUUAAUUCCCUCUUCCUGACAUUCUGAUUUUUAUAAUACCUUCUGAGCUCUUUAACAUCUUGGACACUAUGAACUGUGCACUAAAGCCCCAUCCAAAAAGCUGAAGCUCAACACUUCUUGGAAUAUAACUUGGCUACUUAAACAGUUCUUCCCAAUGUUAAUAUUGCACACACUGAGAAUAAAAUGACAAUAUAUUUCUGAUAUAUUUCACAGUCCUGAAAUAGGCCAAAAAUAUGUUGGUAUGCUAACCAUGUUCAUCAUGACCUCAGUAUGCUUAAUAAGCUUUUUUAAAGCUUGCACUAAACAGCUCUCCUCAGAUUUAAAGUACUAUUGUUUUUUUUAUCUAUAAACAGUUUAACUGGAUUUUUUAAAAGCCACUUUAAUGGCCACUCUUGAUGGGCAAAGUGCUGAGUGAGAAAGAGUCACUCAGCCUUCCCAAAUCAUUUGCUGUAACAGAGCAGAACUACAUUGAUUUGUCUGAUAGAUUUAAGCUUGGAAACAAUAGCUGUAAAUAUCAGAAUAUCUUCAGAUCAGCAAAUAACAAUUUCACGCAAUAUUUCCCAUGCUUAUGUAUAAAUCCAUACCAUUCAAAUUUGCUGGCUUUAGUUAAAGUUGAUCUUGUUUAAAUCAUCAGCUUGUGCAAGUUUUACCCAAACUGUCGGACUGCAGGUGAAAAGUUAUGCCACCACUUCAGUUCAGAGUAAAAUCCAGUGGCGCAAGAAUGACACAAUAAGCUACUACUUAAGCUUUCAUUCAUUAUCAUUAUGUUUAGAGCUUUUUUUUUCUUUUGUCUUGUUGGAUAUUACACAGUGUGGACACAUUUGGUCCUCAGGAGAGUUUUUGUGAGGUAGUGGGAACCCUAACCUUGUCUCAGAAUUAGUGAAAAAUGCAUACUGAACCAAAAUAGCUGUUUUGUUUUUGUUUGUUUGUUUGUUUUUUUAAAGAAAAACAGAUUUCUAAGAUGAAUCAGUUGCAUGGCACGACAUCAUGCAAUGCUGGUCAUUUCACCCCAUCACUAUUUUAUGGUUUUGCAUGUUUGAUUUCAUGUCUAGUAAAGGUUUAGUUUUGCAGAAAAUGUUGAUUCGUACCCAUCCUGAAGGCAUUUUGUUCCCACUGUGACAGCUGAUUAAAAGUAACAUUCUGUGAGCUAAUAAUAUUUUACUGUAAAGAAAUGUAAAUGUAAGGUGUCAGAAUUGUCUAUCAGCGGAAAAAUCUCUCAUAAAUAUUCUGCCCUUAUUAGGACUGAUAAUCUGUCAUAUUUAGUUAAUUUGCCUAAAUGGAGAUGGAAACGGGGUGCAAUAAACAAGUUGAAAUAGUGAUAUAUUAUAUUGGAUUAUAGUAUAAUUGAUAUCUCAGCAUUUGGAGGAUCAUUUAACUCCAUGAUUCGUAAUAAAAGCAUAUCCAUGAGAAAAGGUUGCUCUACAGUGGGCAUAAAAUGGAAGAAAGUUGGGAUGAAAUGGCAGCAUGUAUUCAUAAAAAAGAAUGAUGAAUUGUAAAAAGGGCAAACUGACCUAGCUCUCAGAAAGCUGCACCGGGGUUACAUUCACCUCAGUGUACUUACAGAAUUCACACCUUGCACUUGAAUAGCACUCUUUCACAUUGUUAAAACGGGAUGAACAUUUUCACAAACAUGCUGUCCAAUAACCUAUUCUUUUAUCAUUAACCAGUCAGAGCUAACAUUUAGACUUGAAGUGUGCUUGAGUGAAAAUGUUUCUUGAUAAGCCUUAGCUGGAAAAUGUUUGUCUUUUGAGUGGUGAGUAAAGACAAUGUCAGGGGAGAGUAAACAGCCUUUUUACCGGGAGCUUUCUUGGCACUGGGAUAAGCGUGGUGGAGUCAAACUCAUUUUGAUUGUACUCUCUAGGGAGGGUGUGGAAGCCAUGUUGGACUGUGAUUGUCUGAUAAAAUGUGAGCCUUCACUUUGUACAAAAUGGACAAACCGAUGUGAAGGAGAUGCGAGGGGUGGGGACAACAGAACCCUCACCCGGAUCCACGGGGCCCAUGGUUCGGCCUGGUCUUUGGCUGCUGGACGACGAGACUUUGGGCCACUCUCUGACUUUCUUGUAAAUUGUUGUUCUUCUGUGAUCUUGCUUGCACUUUUUUGUUUCCUUUCUCAAAACCCUGAAACUAAUUGUAAGUAUGUAAGUGUGUGGGUGCGAUUGCACUUUUUAUUUUUAUUCUUGCCAUUUUUAAAAAAAAUGUGAUUGUAUGUUGUUAUCAACACUAGAUGCAGAGCAAUUUUUAAUUUGUAUUUUCUACCUGGGAAGGAAGAUGAAAUCUUCUUGGACAUUUUUUUAACCCCCCUUCACCCUUCCAGCUCCCGGUCUCUUUCUCUGUCUGGUACCUGGGAAUGCUUUGAAGUGUGGACUGUGACUGCAUUGCUGCCAUCAUUGCUGUCAGUCAUUCUCUGUGAAUUCAUUUGGCUUUCUCAAUUUACCCAGUUUUUUCUCUUCCCUUGACUCUUUUUUUCCAUUAAAAAUUGCAAUUGAAAAUGAGCCUCAA